AUGCGUGCGAGUGCACGGACGACCAGAUCGCCGCCAUGCGCACGCGCCUCCCCGGUCGUCGACGUGGGCCAACACGCCGACUUCCGGAUCCUCGCGCCGCAAAGUAGUGGGCGGUUGCAGCGCCAGCUGGAGACGCUGACUUGGAUCAUGGUCUCCGACGGCAAAGGGGCGCAGGCGGAGGUCCUGGACCCAGACAGCUUCCCUGCGUGGGAAGGCCGCUGGAAGGUCCACGAGCCCCUCCUCAAAGGCUUCGAGACUGAGGGCCCCCCGGGCGUGCCAGUCGGGCGCGCGUUCUCGCGCGCGGAGCUCGAGGCGUACCGCAACAACGCGGAGGCCCUGGCCACGGAAUUCGACGGCCAGGCCGCGGCAAGACCUACAUGUGUCUGA